CAAGCUUACACUUGGCCGACAGUCUGCAUCCACGACGCGAUCGGGGCACACAUGUCCUGCGACAAGAGCAGCAGGCUGACUUUUGGACAGACAUGUGGUGUUGUAGACACGGAUGAGCAGGGGGACCCAGUCAUCGCGACAGCGACCAUGAAUGGCCACGUCAGAUUGGACAGUUAUGGCGGUCCCAAUGGCACCGGGGUCGCCCCAAACGCGCUCGCCACACCGGUGCGUCCGGAUGGGCACAACGGCAGUUCUUUCCCUGGUGCAGUUAGAACAGCCUACACUCCUGGUGCGAUGGGUGGGCCUGGCAGGGCAUACCAGAUGCCAAUGUCAGGCGCGUCAGUUGCCCCAACUGCACCAUGGCUCAAUUCGCCAGCCGGGGUCGCCCCGUCGUCCUACUUGAACGGCAGCUCGGCGUUUCAGGCGCCAAUGCAUCACGCAAGAGCGGAGAGUAUUGCCAGCGAUGUUCAGCAGACACAGCCUUCAAGCCCAUCCAUGGCCGUGGUCAACAAUCAGCAGCAUUCCCAGGCUCGUCGAGGAUCUAGUCACGCGCAUGGCGCAGCUCGCGUCAACGGAAUCGAGGCACAUUCGGCUAGUGUUCCCAACGGCAACACAACGUUGGGGCGAUUCUUAGAUGCAACUGAACAGAGGCGCCUAUUUCAAAGCGCAGUUAUGACUGCAGCUUCAAGACCAGGGAGCACGCCAAUACAGGUGCUAAUGCAAGAAGGCUAUCUGUGCGCGGAUAUCAAGUACCUUCCCGAUCCGAGCCUUGGGGGACUUCCGGACGGGAAUGCGAUCGUUUCUUUCGCCCAUGCUGCAGCUCUUCAGCUGCCUCAAGCUGCAUUCAUCCCGCCAUUCGCGCCCUAUGGUGCAGACAUGGGACAGAAUGUGUUGUUGGGACGGGCGAUAUCCAACGCUGGGGAACGUCCAUCCACUGCGACCAAUGUCGGCUCACCACAAGGGAGCUCUGUCGGCGCAGAGCACUCUCCGUACAAUCAUGUCGCGGUUGCCCCGCAAAAUACGACUCCACGCAUGUCGGGCCUUUCGCACUUCGCCGCUUCGCCUGGCCAUGCUGGUUCCGUCAUGAACAAAGGGUCGUCCCCGAGCGGACCAUCUUUUUACCACACAGGGCCAAAGGAGGAGCCACUUGCCAACGGAUCUGGGUCUCUCGGUCUUGGUGCACGUCGUAGUGCAUCAGUAUCAUCCUACGGCGGCACCGGCCCGCACCCCCCACAUCGGCUGCUUCCAAGCGCUACGAGCAUGCAUGGGCCUUUUCAGCCAGGUUUGAUGCGAUCUGGUCCUAUUGAUGACCCCGACAUCCCUCCUUUGCUUGGAGGGCCGCUUCCAGAGCGGAGUGCAGCAGGCACGCUCUUGACGCGGUACAACACUCGCGUCAUCCCUCUGCCAACGGACGGAACUGAUGCAGAGUCCCACGCGUCGCACUACGCGCCUCUCACAGAGACAGACGAACAAGUGUUGCUACAGAUCAUGCGAAAAGAUAUCGAAUACCAAGAUAUCUUUGAGGCGCAUCAAACCAAGACCACUGCGAAGCUACAUCAGUAUGCGCAAGCCAUGCGGCCAGCCAAACGUGUCAAGCUCGUUCACUCACAGACAGGUCUGCAUUGGUGGGAGCGCUCCAGCGACGAAGACCUGUCCAGCAUUGGGAAAGACCACGAAUCAUUCCGACUCAUCUUCCCCACUGAUCGAAGACGUAGCACAGAAAACUCGAGCUUGCGAGGAGCCAGAAUCGAGCUCGACAUGAGCAAGGCCGCUCGUCGAAGAGUCGCUCAGCAAUACGAAGACGUGGUCCCGAUUCGAUUGGAGAUUGACGUCGAGCCCUUGCGGCUGCGGGAUACGUUUUUGUGGAACGCCGCAGACGACCAUGUGUCUGCUGAGACAUUUGCAGCUGUCCUCUGUGACGAUCUAGGGCUGCCUGCCUUUGUGUUCGCAGCACCAAUUCGAGAAUCAGUCCAGUCGCAGAUCCAGGAACACUCACAGAUGCAAGCGCUCCGUCCCAAAGCGUCUUUGCCAGACGCAGCCAAGCUUGCAGGGGCUGGGGUUUUAGGAUGUGCGGAUCGAAAGUGGUGGGAAGAGAUGCGGGACAAGAUAAUUUCAGGACAGCAAGACGCCGGCUACUCGCGCAGAAGGAUGGAGGACCAUGAUGGCUGGCAAACGGACCUGAGGAUACCGAUCAAACUCGACAUCACUGUCGGGGGGAUGCAACUUGUCGACCAAUUCGAAUGGGACAUUUCGGACGAGGAAAACUCGCCGGAAUUAUUCGCAGACACGUUUGCGGCAGAUCUUGGUCUGGCAGGCGAGUUCAAGACUGCGAUAGCCCACUCAAUCCGGGAGCAAGUUGAGACCCACAUUCGAUCACUCACCUUGGUCGGAUAUGCGUUUGACGGCAGUGCUGUUGUGGAUGAUGAGCUGCGGACAGCAUUCCUGCCUGCUUUGAUCAGUCCGGCUCGAUCGGAAGUCGAAGCGGACAACCACACCCCUCGUCUUUCACAGCUCACUGAGGCCGAAAUCGAUCGGAUUGAUCGCGAGCGAGAACGAGAGGCGCGGCGCAAACGCAGGCAGACACGAGGCAGACGAGGAGUUACAUUGCCCGACCGAGAACCCCUCAAAACUCAGCGAACGCCUGCCGUCUACGGCUUGCAAAACGUUUCUGCGAGUGAAAGCCUGGCAUUCAGCAUGGCCUUCAACAAUACUUCUGCUCCUGUCGUGGCAGCCCCUGCUCGCCGAGCAGCAGCUAUCGCAGCUGCUGCAAGCAUAGGACCAGCCUGGCAAGAUAUGAACGGAACUCCACCACCCGUACCAGAGCUACCUGCUCUGGACGAAAAGCGCCUCCGCGUUGAGAAUUACAGGAUGUACUUCAAAUACCCGGGUGGAUUGGGUAGGCGCAAGGGUGAAGGCGGUAGCAAGACGUCAGACGCCAGAGAUACAUUGAAGGAGGCCAAGCUUUCCGGACCAUCCGCCUCAGGCCGAUUGGCGGGUAGCGAGAAUGGGACUUCGAGUCGUGGAGCAUCCACGCGAGUCUCCCAGCCUCUGGUGCCAGGACAGCACCCCAAUUGGCACGAUGGAGUGUGGCAUUGCUCAAAUUGUGGCAUACCCGAAGGUUUGGCUCCAUCACGAAGGAAAGGACCGAUCGGGGACAAGUCUUUAUGUGGUCCGUGCGGCAAGUCUUGGCACAAGCACCGACGCGUUCCUGCUGCAGACUACACGCGCGAUUUUUCGGUCCAUCAAGCCCGACUCUCGAAGUCGUCAUCUGAGCCGUCAUCCGUGCUUCAGGGUACCAAUGGCACACUCUCGGUCUCCGCGCCCGGGCCCACGCGCAGCAACGUAACAUCUGCCGGUGACAGCCCUGUCCAAAUUCCUCCGGUGGAAGACGGAGCAGGUGCUGACGAAAGUAUUGCACAGCUGGAGGACGACCCGAAAGAACCACUCUUCCUGGCAGCAAACAGCUCAUCCGGACCAGAUGCGCUCGGCGCACCACUCCUUAACACCUGCGACGACGACGAAGACGCAUUCGCCGACGGUAAGGCUGUUGAACGAGUCAGCGCGGUCGUUUCCGAAGCCAAGCCCGCAACUCGGCCAGGCUCUCCAGAUCUUCCUUUGCAAGACUUUGGGGCGUUUUCGGAUUCAGACUCUGAUUCGGAUUCGAGUGACUCGAUGGCGGCACCGCGGAAGAAGCCGGGUAUAGCUCAUGCCAAUGACCCAUGCCUGGGCCAAAGUGCUGCGCCAGCGACAAGUGCAACCGCAGCAGCGCCAACGGCCACGAUCGCCACAGCGCCGGUACGUGCAGCCUCGCCCGAGAAAGUCCCGGCUGCGAUCCAAGAUGCUCAACCUCCACCGCCAGCAUGGCUCGAAAAAUCUGCCGAAAAAUUGCGAGGCAAGUAUCCUCACGACCGCUUCGAGAUCUACUUGCGUCCGAAACAGGCAGGCGGUGUGGGCCCAUCAGUGACGCCGGAGUGGCGUAUGCGUUGUUUGGAUUGCCCUGGCAAGUUGUACACGCCAGGACCAGGUGAAUCGCUGAACAACUUUGAGAUCCAUCUCAAGAAUCGGGCACAUCGGGCAGCAGUCGCCAAGCGCAGGGAGACGCAGCAGCAGGAGUACUAAGGUGUACAUGCAAGGACAGCAGCAGCCGUGUCACUGUAACCUACUGCUGCAACAAACACAUAGACGAG